ACAUACGAAUAUUGUGAAGAAGAUGCUGAUGUUGUUCUAAUAGAUCUCGUUAAAAACUUUCCCUUUCUUUAUGAUAAAAGUGCAACAGAUUUUAAAAAUGCAAAGAAGAAGGAACGUACAUGGAUGGAAAUUUCUGAAUAUUUAAAGUUACCAAUUACGGAUUGUCAAAAUAGAUGCCAAAGACUUAGAGAAAAAUUUUCUCGCGAAAAGAAAAGAAGAGAACUAGAAACCCGAAGUGGCAGUGGAGCAUAUACAAGACCUACGUUCUUAUUAUAUAACAACAUGAAAUUUUUGGAUUCUUUUGUUAAAAGCAGGAAAACUUAUACAAACAUUACACCACGAGGAACACAUUUUAUUUCUAAUAUACCCAAAACCAAAUGUAUUUUACAAAAGAGUAAGCCAGUUGAAACUAUUAAUAGCAUUUCUGCUCCAUCUGAGGUGUUAAAAUCUUCAUCACCAUUAUCAAUACUGUCGUCUUCAUCAUCUGUACCUUCAUCUCCAUUUCUAUCUUCAACCCCAUCUUUAUCGCCAAGUAUUAAUGAAAAUUCGUCAUUAAUGCAAUCAUGCAUAAAAUCUACGCCAGAAAAUAAAGCAAUUUUGUCAUCAAUGCAACCAUGCAUAAAAUUUAUGCCAGGAAAUAAAAAAAACAAAGCAAAAUGUACAAUUAUGCAAGAAGCGGACAAAGUUGACAAAUCGUUUAUGAAUUUAUCAUCUGUUAUGUCUCAACAUUUCUCAGGUAAACAAAAAAUGGAUGAAGAUGAUGUUUUUGGUAGCACAAUUGCAUUUCAAUUACGUAAAAUAGAAGAACCACGGAAGACACAAUUGAAAGGAAAGAUUAUGAAGAUUUUAUAUGAGUUUUAAAGAUAAUUUUUUAUUACAUCUUAUAACAGUUAUGUUAAAAUCACAUUAGGUUUGCUCUCUGUAGCUAAAGUGGCUGCACUAGUUGAGUUUAUCUUUUUCUUUCCAAUGUGGAGUAAAAAAGAUAAACUCUGAAUUAGUGUAGCCAGUUCAGCUACAGAGAACAAAUCUAUUUCAUGUCGAGACGGUUCUUGUUGUACAACUGCAGUAGGGUUUGCAUAAUUGCAUACAAAUAUACAGCAAUCUUAGAGCAAUUGAAUAUUUUAAGUGCAAGUGAACAUUUUAAGUCAAAAUGUUAAGUUUCAUUGCAUGGACAAAA